AUGCAGCCACUUAACGCGCGCCGCAUCUUCAGGCUGGCGUGCUGUCUGCUGCUCUGCACCAACACGCUUGUGGCGUCCGUGCUGUGGGCGGAGCGGCGCCGCCUGACCGCGCUGCUGACCCCAGACGCGGCGGUGGCGGCCCAGAUGCAGCGCAUCCUGCCCGCCGCCAUCCUGGGGAUCAUUGGUGACGGCCAGGUCGCGGUGCUGGGGGGGCUGCUGAGGGCCGCGGGCCGCCAGGGAACGGGAGCUCUGCUGUACCUCACGUCGUACUGGGGGGUGGGCCUGCCCCUGGGCAUCACCCUCGGCUUCUGGCUGGACUGGGGGGCACUCGGCCUGUGGAUGGGGGUCGCCUCGGCCACUGCGCUCCAGGCCGUCUUUGUGCACACGUGGGCGGCGCUGCGCCUGGACUGGGGCCGCGAGGUGCUGCGGUCUCAGGCCAACAUCGACCAGAUGCUGGACUCACACGGCGGCGCCGCGGCGCAGCCGCUCGCAGCGGGAGGGGAGGAGGCCGAAGAGCGCGGCGGCGGCGUGACGCAGCCGCUGCUGGGCGGGCGUGCUUAA